AAAUAUGACCAGACACGGAAAAAAUUGCACUGCAGGAGCUGUUUACACAUACCACGAAAAGAAGAAAGAUACUGAAGCUAGUGGAUAUGGAACUAAAAAGACGCGUUUAGGUCGCGAUUCGAUCAAAGAUUUCGAUUGCUGUAAUCUUACCCUGCAAACGUGUAAAGAUCCCGUUAUAACUCCCGACGGAUUUCUUUACGAAAGAGAGGCUAUACUGGAAUAUAUGUUAAAACAGAAAAGAGAAUUGGCUCGUCAAAUGAAAGCUUACGAAGAGUAUUUGACAAAGCAAAAGAAAAAAGAAGAAAAUGAUUCUAUGGAAAAGGAAUUGAAGAAGAUUGAAUCAUUUGUUUCGAAUGAAAGCAGAAUUGUCAGUACAUCUCAUCAUUUGAACAAAAAUGGAUCCAAUAAGUCGAAUUCAAACGCAGCAAAUCCGAACAGCUGUUUUUGGAUUCCAGAAAUUUCAUCAAAAAAAUCAAUAUCUGAGACACAUUUAAAGAAACCCGCUCAACAAGUGACUUGUCCUAUGAGCAAAAAACCGCUCAAAAUUAAAAAUUUAAUCGAUGUCCACUUUACGCCAGCAAAUAAAGAAGACAAAAGCGUUUCAAAUUCACAUGCGCCAAAAUACAUGUGUGCUCUAACAAACGAUGCUUUGUCAAAUAGCACACCGUGUGUUGUGUUAAGACCAUCUGGGCAAGUUAUUACUGUAGAGGCACUGGAUAAACUGAUCCGAUCGGAGAUGUUAGACCCAUGGAAGAACGUCAAACUACAAGAAUCUGAUGUAAUAUUACUCCAGCGUGGUGCAUCUGGUUUUUCGGGUUCAGGCGUCGAAUUGAAGGCAGAGAAAUACGCACCCAGCAUGACAAUCAGCUAGAAGAAUGAGUUGUCGAAAGGCCUGCUGUAUUAAUGAGGCAUUGCAACUGCCCCGGUGGCCAGAAACUUGAAAAGAAGUAACAAUGGACAUUGAAAUUAGUUAGAAAUAUUUGGUCCAAUUUAGAAACCAGUUUGGGAUUUAAUUUACGAAUUGUUC